AUGACUUCAUCCCGAGGAUCUUCGCCCGCGGCGCCUACCUCACCGAUGGAGUUGACACCCAAUACAAAGAUCAGCGCAACUCUCACAGCUGCAGGAUUGGGUAGUUCUGACGAAGAGAGCGUCUCUGGAAACGCAAGAAAAAGAAUUGCCUCGAGAAAACCGAAGUCAGACAUCUUGAAAUCAGGUACAUCCGAUGCCAACUCACAAUCAACGGUACCGGGUAGGAAAGAAGGUUCAAUCGAGGUCGAAAGCCAGAGCUCCUCAGACGAUGAAGAGAUAGCACGACCAAGGGGACGGAUGGCUGCACGUAUGCAGGCUACACUGGACGGGUCAGACGACAAUCAGCUUGUUGUGAAUAAUGCUAGGGAACGAGUCAAGAGAUUGUUCACGAAGAAAGCAAGACCCGUCUCUCCGAAUAUUGCGGAUGCUGAUAGCCAUGUCGAUGAAAGCGAUACACCAGUAAUUCCACGAAAGCACAGGUUGGCAAUUUUACCUCGCCAGACACCUGUUAAAUUAGCUCCUCGACAAGAUUCCGCUUCUCCAGGACUUUUUGUUACACCCGAUGCUCGCAGAUCAGCCACCCCACAAUCUAAUGCCUCAGACUCAGACGACCUGCCCUUGAACCCGGCAUCAGCAUCGGCAUCAAACACACGUUUCCAGGCUCUGGUUGAGAAAAAACGCCAAGAACGACAAGCGAAAGAGGCAGAAGAUAGGAAGGGAAAGGCAGCGAAGGCAGCAGAACGGAGAAGACAGGCCGCAUCAAUCGAAGAGGAUGACCAGGAUGGUAGCGAAGAUGAAGGAGGACAACGACUUACACAACAAAAUCGUCCUACCCGCAAGGCGAGCAAGAGGGCUAUUGAGGAAAUGCAUAGAGAGACUCAACGACUGAGCAGGAACAUGCAGUUGGCUCACCAGGCAAAGACCAAGAAGAAGAUCACGAAGGAGAGUCUGUUUGCUAGAUUCAAUUAUAAACAAGCUGGCGAGCCCAAUAUCGUUUCUUCGGACCCUGUUAGACAAACGAGUUCAAGUCCUCCACGCGCACCACAAUCCGAUGUUGAGAUGCGAGAAACGCCACCUACCUCUCAACCAGAUGAUAUGGACAUUAACGACGAGCAAGAAUUUGUGGACCUUCCUACGGUAAUAAGCACAACUAUGGAUGUGGUAGACGAAGAAGAUGACUUACCUACUCUCGAGGAAGUCCUAAAGCCAUCGCGACCUUCUAGGAAAGACAAGGGUAAAGGAAAAUCUGUUGAUAUGGAGUCAUCUGAAGUCUCACUUGAGAAGAAGCUUGUCUUCAAGCAACGGCCAAUUCGAGUACGGCCAGCUAUAGUCAACACUGACAACUUGGAGCUCGAUUCGGAUAGUGAUCUCGAGAUCGUGAGCGUCAAAAAAUCUGCUCGCAAUGCAAAGCUAGACGCGAUUUUCAAUCGUAUUCCAGAAAAACAAGCCAAUUCCUCUCACUCAAUGCUAGCCUUACGAAUGCUUGCACAACUCACAUCGCCUGGAAAGAAAAACGUUGGAAGAAACCAGAAGCCGUCGAUGACAGCUAAAGAUCUUCAGAUCAGCUUACAGCUAAGAGCUAGGCAACAAGCAAACCGAGAAAAGGAGGAGCGACUCCAAGCUCUGAGGGAUAGAGGUAUCAUGGUACAAACUUCCGAGGAACGAGAAAAGGAAAUGGCGGAAGUUGAUGACUUGCUCGCGAAGGCUCGCCGUGAAGGGGAAGAGAUCCAAGCGAAAGAAAAGGCAGCUGCUAAGAGAGAACGGAAAUCCAAUGGCGAAGUGGACCCACUGGGCGAUAGCAGUGAUGAUGAGGAUUGGCAGGAAACGAAUGAAGUACCAGAAGAGGAAGAGGCUUCCGGCUCAGAAGACAAUGAGCACGAAGAUUCUGGAAAUGAAGAAAGUGGUGAAGGCGAGGAUGAAGAAAUCGAGGCAGAGGAGACAGCCGAUAAUGCAGCAUCAAAUCCUUUAUUUGACAAUGAAGCGGAGGAAGAUGGAGAAUCUGAAAUUGACCUUUCGAUUCCAGAAGACCCAGCUGACCCUACGGAUGCUGAGGAAGAAGAAGAUGAAGCACUACCGGUCAAUCAGAAAUUUAGAAGAUUAAGAGUCACGAACAUUAUAUCUGAUGACGAAGAAGAGGAAGAAAAGGAUCUCUUUGCAAAGACACCUAAAGCUACCCGAACUCUAUCUCCGAGACAUCCACGGACCGACUCACCGGUAGUUCCGACUUCAGUUCUUCGCUCAGCCACCAAAACAUUCAUACCGGGUUUGCCCAUAACGGGUCCCGCUGGACUCAGUCUUACACAAAUAUUCCAGGGUACAAUGGAUGAUAGUCAAGACGUCUUUGAAGCAUCAAAUCCAGAAUCACAAGGCUUGGAGGCAAAGAAUGAUUCCAUGGAUUUCCUUCGCCGACGAGCUGUGCCAGAGCUGCCCGAUUUUGUCCCCGUCAUGAAUGAUGAGGAGUCACAAGACAUAGUAAUGGACAGCCAAACGCAAAUUGCAGCAACACAACCAACAGAUAGUCAGACGCAAGGAAUUCAGAUUUCAUUCUCACAGUCACAAAUAUAUGAUUUCGAUAGCUUGGUUGAGAACCCCUUAUCAACUCAAGUGUCCGAGUUUCCCAAUACUCAGGACGAAGGGUUUUCCACGAUCACACCAAUCAAAUAUCGAUAUAUGGAACCACCUUCAACGGCAGAUACAUUCAGGAUGGGAUCUCAGCCUACUCAAAUCACUGGUGAGGAUGUUCAAGAAACGCCUAUCGCGAAGAAGAAAGGAAAACUUCGCCAAAGAGCUCAAGUUGCCUCUUUGUCUGACAUUGAUGAACCAUUAGAUGCUGCCCGAGAGGACAAAAAUCAAGAUGACGACCUUGGAAUCUCGCUCAACCUUUUUGAUGUCAUGAAAAAAGCCUCCAAAAAGAAGACGAAGGUUGUGGAUCAGUUCGAUAAGAAGAAAAGCAAUGCUAAGAACAUGGUCAAUGAACAAGCUGAGGAAUCGGAAGACGAAUAUGCUGGCUUGGGUGGUGCCAGUGAUGACGAAAGUGGUGGGGAAGAGGAUGCUUUCGUCAAGGAAAUGAUCGAUGACGAAAAGAAAGAUAUUGACGAGAGUGAACUCGCCAAAUUCUAUGCUGACCGUGAGAGAGCAAAUGACGAGAAGCAAAUAGAAAAACUCUACAACGAUAUCUCCAAGGGCAUGCUUCGCCGCAAACGUGGUGCUGAUUACGACCUUUCGGAUUCAGAUGAUGGUGGAGAGGCACGCCAACGUCGAAAACGCGCAGAGUUCGCGAAGAUGCGGAAAGCUUUGCUUGCCGCAGACGAAAAAAUCGGGAAGAUUGCACAGGAUCCUAAGAGAGAGGCUUUUCUCCGUGCUAUCGAGGAUCGAGGAAGUGACGAUGAGAUGGGCUUCUUGGACGAUUUUCAAGAAAGAGAUGACACACCCUCUGACUCCCAGUCGCAAACGCAGAACGGCGAAUUUCAACAACUGCCACAGAAUCAGACUGAUGAAAGCAUGCCCCCUCCACCGAAGCGUAAGCAUUCUGAUGAUAUGGAUUAUGCUCGACCACCAGCAUAUAAGCGACGCACAGGGAAGAAGCCUUCGAAUCUAUCAGAAGUUCGAGAAUCAUUGUCAAGUCUCAUUGAAGAUCCUCAUUCCAUGGUCACUUCAAUAGAUGUUGAGUCCGAUUCAGAUGAUGAUCUAGAGAUUGAAGGAGGGCCAGAGAAAGGAAGCCAAAAGAACCGCGAUCCUUUCGCCGUACGCCGGACUGGCAUCUCCAUCAUUGAUAGAAUACAGCUCAAGCGUGAGUCUUCAAGCAGUAUUGCUGCCAAUAAUGAACGUCUAGCAUUCGCGGCACCUUCGUCACAACCAGGCCACAGGGGGGUACCUCUAUUGAGAAAAGCCACGACAAAUAGUAGUAUCUUGUCGGGGACAUCAAGCACAGGUGUAAGUAUUGGGAUGUCAGCAACGGAGCGAAUGGCGGGUGGGAAAGAUGAGGGAUCGGGUAUAAGGAGGGGAGGGGGAAAGAACAGUGGAGUGAACUCUUUCGUCAGGGAAAGUGAACGGAAAGCUGUGAUGGAAAAGAAGGAGAAGAGAAGAGAACAGAAGAAAUUCAAAGGUGUGGAGAGUAGGCGUAAGGCCGUGGGAGGUUUAUUUGGAAAGGGGACGUUCGACUAA